AUGGAGACUGUUGGAUUUAUCGGGCUCGGCAACAUGGGCGGGGGGAUGGCUGGCAACAUUCAGAAGGCCGGCUACCCUAUGGUGGUGUACGACCUCCGCGAGGAGGCAACACGGCCCUUCCUGGAGGGCGGCGCACGGCUGGGCAACUCCCCUGCCAACGUCGCGGAGCGCUGCGACGUGACGCUUACGUCGCUGCCGGGACCCCGCGAGGUGGAGCUGGUCGCCACCGGGACUGAGGGCGUCCUUGAGGGCAUCAGGCCCGGUUCCGUUUAUAUAGAUCUGUCCACCAGCCGGCCCACGCUCAUCCGUGAGCUGGAGGUCAAGUUCCGGGCCAAGGGCGUUCACGUGCUCGACGCUCCCGUCAGCGGCGGCAAGAGCGGGGCCCAGUCCCGAAAUCUGGCCGUGAUGGUCGGUGGCGAGCGGGAAAUCUUCGACCGCGUCAAGCCGCUGCUCGACGCCUUCGGCGACAAGGUCUUCCUACGCCGGAGAGAUCGGCGCCGGCUCGGUGGCCAAGCUCGUUCACAACAUGAUCGGCCACGGUGUGCGGCAGGCCAUCGCCGAGGGCCUGACCCUUGGCGUCAAGGCCGGCGUCGACCCGGAACCGCUGUGGGAGUGCAUCCGCCGCGGCUCGCUGGGCCGCAUGAACGUCCUGCAUGA